CAACUAUAAAUAUCAUGUUCGAAGUCCGGACGAGUUAUCCUAUCUUGACGGUCCUCACCAGCUCCGGUCCUGCUCAGCCCCGGUCCCAGUGAGAGACAGCGCAGCUGUCUGACGCCACUCGUGCAGUCCGUUCAGCCCCGGUCUCAGUGCGAGACAGAGCAGCUGUCUGACGUCACUAGUACUCCCCUCAACUGCAUCCACGAGCACCGCAGCCUGUGAGAUACUCUGUUCACAUAACCUUGGUCAAAGAGAUUAGGAAACGAAUGCAACAAUGGCAGAAGGUGGAUUCCUACCAGAUAAACACGUGAACUACGACAACAUUCUUCUUGAAUGUCCCAUUUGUUUGGAGCAGAUGCAAAAACCGAAGUCUCUCCCAUGUUUACAUUCCUUUUGUGAGGAAUGCCUCAGUACAUACAUCGUCACUGACUUGUCUGGUGAGAUGGCCGCCGUGACGUCAUUUCCCUGCCCUGUAUGUAGACAGAUCACAUCGCCUGUCAAUCACUCUGAGAGUAAAGAGAUGUGGGCACAACAGUUUCCUACGAACAGUAUGGUUAAGGAAUCUACGAGCCGAACAAAGGAGUCAGAUGCUCCACUUAAUUGUGGUCCUUGCAAGAAGACAAAAAACAUGGAAACACCGGCUACAACGUUGUGUAAAACGAAUGGCAUGCUGUUUUGUGACCAUUGUAAAGUUAACGUACAUGAUAUCCUACACGAAAUAUGUGACAUUGUAACUCUCAAUGAGGCACAUCAUGACGUGACCUGGAAACGAACGUCGUCAAGAACAUGUUCCAAACACAAGGAGAAGAUGGACUGUUAUUGUGAAGAUCAUAAGUUCAUUGGGUGCAACAAAUGCAUUAUCACAAAUCACCGACGCUGUGACGAAGUGCAUACUAUCAAAAAGUAUUGUGAGAAACAGAAGGAUAACUCCAGGCUUGAUGACAUAGACAAUUCUCUCGAAAAAGCAGCCAACGUCAUGGAAUUGUUGUUAAAUGCUUUUGACCAAGAGGUAGAAUCCUUGCAGCGAUGUCAGGAUGUUGGCUUAAGCAGUAUUUCAGAUCUCCGACAGAGAAUCAACACAUAUCUCGAUAAGAAACAGGAGGAGAUAACUCAAGAAAUGAUUUCAAAUUGCAAAGCUGAGAAAGCUAAAGUUGAUUUAUCAAAGCAGAAAUGUAGCCGACUGAGGGCUGCCAUUCAGAACACAAAGGAAGCGUCAAGGACGGCACUUCGAACGGACGAUAAUUUCGAGAUGAUACAACUGUUCCUGAGAGGUCAGACAGAGAUUAGGGCGUGUAAUGAUCUUAUUGACGAUAUCACGCACUCAUCGAAGUCCGUAAGCAUCAAGCACGAUAUUGACAGGACGCACACUACUAUUGACAAGGCAAGCGCUCUAACGUUAGGAAGAAUUCUAGUGAAGGAAAACUCUUGUAUCAAACCUGAUGGUGUCGAAUAUAUACCAAAUGUAGGCAUACUAUCAAAAUGUCGUGUGAGGAAAAUAAGAACAUGCAAUAUCAGGCUUCCUUCACGAACGGAAAAAUGUUCCCCUCGCGGAGUAUUGUUGAUGCCGAAUGAUCACAUUAUAAUAAGCGAUCAUUCAAAUGGAAAAAUAAAGAUGUUUUCCGAAGAAGAGAACUGUUUGGAUGAGUUGAAGAUUGGCGGAUAUCUACGCGAUAUUUGUAUCGUAAACAACAACACAGUGGCAGCUGCUUCAUUUUCAGGAGAACAAGGCAGAAUACAAAUAGUGGAAAUAAUAUCCUCUAAGUUGAGUCUCUCAUCCAGCAUAACGAUAUCAGGCAACACGGAUUGUCAUGGUAUAGCAUUCUUUGAUGGGGCAUUCAUUGUGAGUACACCAAAGGACAUUCGAAGUGUGACAUUGAAAGGCAAAACUAUGGUAUCAUGCGGAUUAGGGGCUGAAUGCUGCCAUCUUGCCUACUGUCCAAAACAGAAGAAAGUAUUUGCCAGCUUAAACACAUCUACAUGGGGUGCAGUCGCUCUUACAAGACUCUCCGCAUGGAUAAAAACAGAUAUGUUGAUAUCUGGAGUUGUCAAGAACGCGAUGGGAGUAGACCUAGACCGCGAGGGGAAUGUGUACGUUUGUGGUCAAGCGUCCAACAACGUAGUCCAGAUUUCCUCAGAUGGGAGCAAGGUUAGGGAACUUCUGACGUCAAAGGAUGGUAUAGACAAACCCAGGGCCAUAUCUGUGUGUGGGGACAAAUUGGCAAUCACCAACGAAUCCUUCACACAAAAUGAUCAAAUACAUGUAUAUCAGCUCUACUGACUCUACUCACGUAUCGUCACUUCCGUUAAGUCCCAAGCCGAUCUUGCCAAUAGACCGGGCAACAGGGAAUGUUUUCAAAGUGCAUUUGUUGGACAUGGUUAGUGAAGUAAAUCAUGACUCAUUUACAUACUAUCUUAGACGUACAUAUAUGUGUUAAUUCCUUAACUGAUGUGAAGUGUUCGUUUGCUAAAUCCUCAAUACCAAUACUGCUGAAAUAUGUCUUGCAUAACGCAAAUAUUCUUCUUAGAUUGAAGUGACAAAAACAAACCAUUGUAUACGUCAAAUCCAACAAAAAUUGAAAUGAGCUAAAAGUUGAUGUAUACUUUUCUUUGUAAGCAUACUCAAAAUCAACAAAUAUAGCUGCUGUAAUUUCAGUCGAAGCUCAUUUCGUCUUCGUAUAUACCUUAUAUUUUUUACAAAUUAUCUCGUAAAAUCAAAAGAAAGAAAUAAUGCAUUUAUUUAAUCGUUUAUUUGAUAUUUAACUGGAAUAACGACUGUACGUUUUUCUUUAUUUUGAUUAUUCAACAAUUGCUCCAUUAUAGUGCAUUUCUGCCUUUUUCGUUUAAUGCUGUUUUAAAUUGAACUGUUAAAUUCAUGACGUGUGCCAAGGUUUCUGUCCAAUUACUUUUUUCAAACCCCUAAGCGGCGCGAAGCGCAGCAGGGUAAGAUCUGUAAACACUUCCACUGUCCACUUCCGGUGCUUCCCCAUGCGUGAAAGCCUUCUGGAAAAUUGAGGCCGCAUACCAUCUAUUAAAUAUGAUCAUUAACCCUACUAUCUCCGUAUUUAUUACAUUUACCGGUGAAACAUCAGGAAUUUUACUAUGAUAACAUAUUUUAUCUUAACUGCAGUCAAGACAAAGAAAUGUUAUAUCGAGAUAUCAUUCUUAAUAUUGUCCAAUCAGAACGGUACUUCACUGUAAAGAGUUUUAGUUUCAAAUUCAGAUGAAGCGACGGCAAUGUAAGUGGCUGCUUUAAAUUUGUUCAACUUUUGCAACAUACAUUAAUGUAUUUACAUAACUGCACCAUUGAUAUCAUUUUCGUUUGGAAAUCUUACCAGAUAAAACUAGCAGCAACGGCAAAAUUGCAUUGAGCACCGCAUUCAAAAUGGCGCUCUGCAUUGUUGUCAAGCAUGACGUCAUUAAAACUUUACAUUGGUAGAUUGUGUACAUGUCUAUAGCAGUCAUCCGUAAUUUCAACAGUUUUCUACCGAUCUGAGUGAGAAAUCGCGGCUGCUUCUUAAGUGCGCGGAAACCGAUAACACAAUAUAUUAUCAGUUUCAAGUUCAGAUGAAGUGACGGUAGAAUAAGCGUUUGUUUUUAUGCACCUCUGCAACAUAAAUAAUAGCAUUUACAUAACUACACAAUUGUUAUAAUGUAUUUGUGUAAACCUUAAUUACCAGAUAAAAGCAUUAAACGGCAGAGUUCCGUUGAAUGACACAUUCAAAAUGGCGCUCUGCUUUGUUGUCAAGCGUAAGCGUGACGUCAUUAGAACUAGCAUCAAACAUAACGCUACAAAUGCCUGCACUUUUCUGAUGUAGCAACAUAUGCAACGCGUUACUUUUUUUUAAAUUAAAUGAAUAGAAAAUGUAAUGUUUUUUCCAUUGAAUAUCAUAUAUAUUUCUGUCGUAUCGUAUCGUUCAUUGUAGUAUUCCUCUUAUGAUCUACAGAAUAAAUAGGAUAAAGAAUAGGCUUACAGGACAAAUAUUAACAAAUAUGUUUCAAUAUGCAAUACUACGAAACUGACGUUUGCAUUUUAUCGUGCAAUUAAAAAUGUACA